GCUGCAAUUGCAACUUGCACCAGUGCACACCGGUGUGGACAGUGCGCUGUGGACGAUGGCUAUUGCUUCGCGUUGUUUGUGAUCUCUUGUCUAACUAGUCGGUGUGAGUCCCUCGAUUCGAUUGGAUUGCCGUGUAGCGUUACAUUUCCUUUCAUAAAAGCAUCACGAUGAAGCUGGUUUGUGCUCUACUGGUAGUGCAUCUAACGAUCCUGUCACCGUGCGUGAUGGCGAAGGCAGUGCCUUCAACUCCAGGGUUGAAAAUCGGGAACGACCUAAGUGCGGAGUUAGCUGACGGUGGUACUGGAGCUACGGAAUCUGUUGAGGACAUCGCUACGGAGAAGGAGGAAUCGGCGACCACUACCUCAUCCACCACAGUCAAUCCAGCUAUCAACGAAGUGAACACCUCCGAGGACGAAGUCCCGAUAUUCAAUCGCAACCAGGUAACGCUGGAUCUACCGGGAGAUCUGUUCUCUUCCACCGCCAACUUGACGCUUCGUUUGCGCAAUUUCAUCGGUGACUUUAUUACGCGUACUUCCGUCCGUAUUGCCCAGGUGGUGCGAUUCUUUCAACCACUGUUCGGAUACCAUCUGAUGAUCGACAUCCCGAAAGAGCUGGACGUUUGAUAAGCUGGGAGGUCCACAAAUCGAUGUGAAGCGUG